UGCACUUCUCCUUCCAGACCAAACUCUUCUAAAUUUCACAAGAACAAGCCAGAAGGUCAAACCUCAUCUGAGAAUGACUAACUACGGCGCCAUCCCUACCUCAUCGGCGCCGUCGGGGCCAUCCUCGUCGACCCUCGAAUAUAUAUCGCGAGCAAAAGAGCGUAUAAAGGCCGGUCUUGGCACACGCCAGCCAUGGAAAAUCAUGUUACACAUCCACUCAUUGAAGCUACCUUCAAAUUUUGCGGAAGCCAUAACCAGAUUGAAGAUCAACAUACCCUACUUCCGCGUGAAUUACGCGAUAAUCGUGCUUCUCAUACUCUUCCUAAGCCUUCUCUGGCAUCCGAUCUCACUCAUAGUGUUCAUAAUAAUGAUGGCUGCCUGGGUUUUCCUCUAUUUCUUCAGGGACGAGCCCUUGGUGCUUUUCAGCCAUACUAUUGACGAUCGUGUGGUUUUGAUUUUCUUGUCGGUACUGACCUUGGUGUUGUUGCUGUUGACGGAUGCGACGCUGAAUAUCUUGGUGUCCCUGUUGAUUGGGGUGGUGAUUGUGGUGGUCCAUGCCGAAAUUAGGAAGACGGAGGAUCUGUUCCUGGAUGAGGAAGCUGCAGGUUUGAUGACUACUAGUAGUGGUGGUGGUGUUGGUGGUGCUGCGGCUGCUGCUUUAUCUUGAUUUCAAUUGAAUUUGAUUGUGGGUUUGGUGUUUAGAUUGUGCAAUUAAUGGAAUCUAAUUGGUUUUGUUGUUUUAAUUAUUGGGGGUUAUUGUAGUGGAUUUAACUUUUUUGAUUUGCUGUUUCUCUUGGAUUUUGCAAAAUUUACUCUGAAAUUAAUAACUUUGAAAGGUGGAUGAGAGAGUUUUUUC